GCAAAUCUCAGAUCGGUUUACAAGCAUGACGGUGAUUCCUUUAUAGCCAUUCAACCAGCUAGUUCAGUGAAUUUCAAGCUUAUCAGCAGCUAACUUUUGAAAAUAUUGGUUGGUGUCAGCGCCUGCUUGUAUAAUCAGAUAAGAUUAUCAUUAUUCCGCCGUGUUGCCUAGGUUGAUUAGAUACUAAAGAAAAUUCCAAACAAAGCUUUAGCUUAAUAAUACAGUAUCAUUCUAAAGCUUGAUGCUGGAUACCCUAGCCUAGAUUUCAUAUAAACAUGAAAAUACUGGUGAGCUCCCAACUUCCCACUUGUUAGAUAAAGAGCAUAAAGCUUCUUUUGAGCUAGAAGUGUUCACAUCGAUCAGAUCAUUUUUGACCGCUUCCCCUAUAUAAGGACCUAAUGAGGUACUGACAUACAUACAACAUAACCACAAAACAAAAAACUCUCUCAUAAUUGUACGGUCACACGAGGAUGGCUUCCCUAUCUCUAAAUCCAAGACUCGGUCCCAAUACAGGCAGAGAUCACCACCAUCACAGAGCUUUGGUAGAAGAGAUACAAGGGCUCAUCAAGGUAUAUAAAGAUGGGAAUGUUGAAAGGUUUCCUAUCAUCAAAAAUGUCCCUUGCAGCAUUCCAUCUGAGCUCAGGGUGACAUCAAGCGACAUUGUGAUUGACAGAUUCACUAAUCUGUGGGCACGUCUUUAUGUCCCGCAUGCGCAAAUGAAGCUGCCUCUACUUGUCUAUUUCCACGGAGGUGGUUUCUGUGUAGGCUCAGCAGAAUGGAGCUGUUACCAUGACUUCAUAUCCAACCUAGCAUCUAAAGCAGGUUGUGUAGUCUUGUCAGUGAAUUAUCGUCUAGCCCCUGAAAACCGUCUACCUGCUGCCUACGAGGAUGGUUACAACACCAUCAUGUGGGUGAAAAAACAAGCUGCCAACAGCUCUGGUGAGCAUUCUUGGUGGUUAAGCCGCUGCAAUCUCUCAGGUUUCUUCUUGGCAGGUGACAGCGCAGGAGCUAACAUAGCUCAUAAUGUCGCUCUACGAUUUGGAGCCAGCAAAGCAGAAAGAUCAAACAUUACAAGGCCACUCUGUCACCGAGGAACUAUCCUUAUCCAGCCUUUCUUCGGAGGAGAGGCAAGAACAGCAUCUGAAAAGGCCCCACAGCCACAGGGCUCAGCGCUUACCUUAUCAGCAGCUGAUACCUAUUGGCGGUUAUCCCUCCCAGUGGGCUCUAACCGGGAGCAUCCGUGGUGCAACCCUCUAGCAGAUGGUGCAGCUAAGUUGAAGAGUAUUGAACUUCCAGCUACAAUGGUGUGUGUGUCAGACAUGGAUAUCUUGAUGGAUAGGAACAAAGAGUUCUGCUCUGCCAUGGUUAAUGCAGGUAAAACAGUGAAAAUGGUGGUCUACAAGGGUGUGGGCCAUGCUUUUCAGAUCUUGCAUAACUCUCCACUCUCCAGAACUCGCACACAAGAAAUGAUGCCUCAAGUAAAAGCUUUCAUCAACAACUGAACAGAAGGAUUAUUGUGAUCAUACUUUUUUUUUAAAGAUCCAGCUAUAAUUUAGAUCUUAGAGUAAUGUUUGAUGGAUACCUAGUUCUGAAAGCUACUAUUGUACAUAAUAUGGAUUGUGAAGUAAUGGAUUUCCCAAUAAGUAUUAAAGUA